CGAAGGUUACACAAAAGCAGAUUGUACGUUUUUGCCAUCACAGAAAAAUUUCUUUUUAGGAUUCUUCGCCGAAAAACCAUCAAGAUCAUAUUAAAUCAUUAAAGAUGAGUGAAGUAUUUGUGGUGUUUCCUCCAGCAAUCAAUAAUGGUGUUAUUUAUGGUCGUAACUCGUUUAGUUUUUGUUGCAAAGAGAUUUUAUUCUUUUCGCCGAAUGACGGAACUGUAAAAUGUCAAAGCACUGACAUUCCAAAAGAAUCGAAUACUUUUGGCUACAUUCUAAAUGGAACUUGCGGUGCAAAUGACCAAAAAAUUUCAAUCUCAACACUUUUUGCUGACAAUAAACCAGCAGAAGGAUUAUCAGCAUUGGAUUUAACAAAACUUGCUUUAGAAAGAUCUGACUCAGCUGAAAAGGCUGUCGAAGUAAUUUCAACCCUUAUCGAUAAAUAUAACAAAGACGAAAGUGUUGAUAUAUCACCAAAAUACGCAUUCUUCAUUUGUGAUAUUAAAGAAGCAUAUGUAAUGAACAUUGUAGGAAAGCUGUGGGCAGCUGAAAGAAUCACUGAAGGCUGUCGAGCCUUUGGAAAAGGUUUCGCCGUGACCACAAAGAUUGAUAAGAAAUCUCAAGAAUUAGAAGAUAAACUGAAAGAAAUUGCACUGUUUGACGGCAGCAGUGAAUUAAACUUCAGUCAAACAUUUUCUAUGGAAGUUGCUGAAAUUAAAUGGCCAAAUGAUGAGCCAGUUAGUGGAUUCUCAGCUCAAAAAAUGUUUGAAGUACUUCGCUCUUCCGCUGAAUGCAGCGAAACAAUCGCUUCUAGCUUUGUAAGUGUAUUGAAAGAGUCUGUAGCUGUCCAUUGGUUCACAGGAACUCCUGAUCCACGCGAAAGUGUCUUUAAACCUUUUAUAUUUACAAACGAUGCGCGCAUUUCAACCUUGACAGCACUCAAGGAAGACGAUGAAACUCCACUCCGAAAAUUACACGAAAAUCGUAAAUGGGACCAAGUCGGUGAGCUUUUAAAGUCAUUGGAGAAGUCAUGCGUUGAUGAAAUCGAUGGCUACGUUGAAAAUGCUCCAACUGAUGAAUUAAAUGAAUUAUUAAAAGAUUGUGUUGAGGCUGAAGUGAAAUUUUAUCGCUAAAAACAUUUCUCAUUCCAUUUAUUUCCACUGCAUUUUUCAUGACAUUCCAUUGUAUGCUUAGGACGAGAAAUGAAUGAAAGCUUAAAAUUUUGACGACUGUUUCGAAUAAUUUCUACACCAUUAUCUAUUCUUAUACAUAAAUAUUUAUUUGUGAUGAUGAUUAAUCUCUUUAAAAUUAUACCAAAAACCAUAAAACGUAAGUUAUAAUGCAUGGCAUUUCUAAAGCAUUUAAUGAAUUUCAUUUUAAUUAAUUUAUUAUUUUUUAUUUAUAUUCAAAUAUGAAGAAGAAAACUGAAUUUACGAUCCAUUUAAAAUUUCAUUUAAUUUCAUUUGCUUUUAAGCUUUUACGAUUUAUAACUGUGAAUGAAAUACGCUUCGGUUUGCAAGUAUGAGGUCGAACGCAUUUUUAUAGCAAUUGCUUAACUCGAUUGAAUAAAAUCAAAUAUUUUGUCUAGGUAUACGUAAGAAAUCCAUAGCGACGUGAAAGAAAUUAGUUAUUGACGUCGGUUGAAAACUCAAAUACAUAUUUUGAAAGGAUUGAAAGAUUGAAAGGAAAGCAAAGCUUUUUAGCUUUGUUUAAAAGUUUUUUUCAUACUAGGUUCAUUUUUAAUAGUUGCAAAAAAGUUGUGAGAUUGAACACAACUUACGUAAAUUGCUAAAGUAAAGCUUCCGAAGCCAAUUUCCUUAAAUUUUAAAAAUUAAAGUUGACGAUAAAUUAUUCAAAAUGAAAAAAAGAAGCUUUCGUUUUUCCCUCAACUAUUAAUAAAAUUGCUUUUGAGCUUUUUGAUGUAACAAGAAAAAUAAUUUCAGUGAAUAAAAAGUGAAGAAAAUAAUUUUUCGAAG